AUGACACCAAUCCUCAUCACAGGCGCAACCGGAAAACAAGGCGGAGCAGUUAUAAGGAGUCUCCUCUCUCGCAAUGCGCCAUUUGAGAUCCUUGCCAAAUUAGCCGCACUCUCACCCAAUAUCAAACUCGUACAGGGCGACUUGGGAAACCCAGCGAGCAUCUUUCAGAAUGCGCAGCGCUUAACAAAAGCACCUAUUUGGGGGGUAUAUAGCGUGCAGGCCGCAAUCGGCAGCACCACAGAAGAAGCUCAAGGCAAAGCCCUAAUCGACGAAUCCAUCCACCAGGGCGUGAAAUUCUUCGUCUACAGCUCCGUCGACCGCGGCGGAGACUCGCACUCCUUCAACAACGCCACCAGAAUCCCUCAUUUCAUCAAAAAGCACAACAUUGAGCACCAUCUCGUGGACCGCACCACCACCUCCUCCUCCUCCAUGGACUGGGCCAUCCUCCGCCCCGUAGCAUUCUUCGAGAACCUCACGCCCGAUUUCUUCGGGAGGGUGUUCGCGACGUGCUUCAAGACGGCUCUCAAGGGGAAACCGCUGCAGUUCGUUGCAACCAGUGACAUUGGCUACUUCGCAGCAGACGCGUUCCUGAAUCCCGAUGCAUACAAGGGGAAAGGGAUUUCGCUUGCAGGCGAUGAAUUGACGUUUGAAGGGAUGAAGACGGUGUUUGAGCAGAAGACGGGGCGGGCGCUGCCGAUGGCAUUUCGCCCUCUCUGUGCGCUGUUUAUGGCUGCUGUGAAGGAUAUGGGAUAUAUGUUUCGAUGGUUCCAUGAGGAUGGCUAUAAGGCUGAUAUAUCGAGGUUGAGGGCGAUGAAUCUGGGUAUGAAGGAUUUUGCAACUUGGUUGGAGACGGAUAGUGCCUUUAAGCAUUAA